AGAAGUCUGCAGGCUUUGAAUUUAAAAACGCGUUUUACAUGUCGGUACUGGAAGCAGCUGAAAGAAGAUGUAAAUGAAGUGAUUUAAAUGAGAAGCCUGCUGACUCCCCGCGCGUUAGAGCUGGGAACUGGCAAAAGGAGGUGGAAAGAACGACUUGAAAGCCUGUAGGCUUUUGCACCGUAGGCAUUAAGGUUGGAGAAGGCUGCUAAGGUCGAGUCCAGCCCUCGUCCCUUCGCCACCACGGCCACUGAACCACGUCCCUCAGUGCCACAUGUGCAGGUGAACAGAUGUGGGCACUGCAACCGGUUCUGGAGCUCCAGGAGAGCCUUCAUCUCCGUGCUGCCCCCGGUGCGGGACGAGCUGCUUAAUUACUGUGUGUGCCUAAUUGGCGUGGUCUUAAAAAUCCGAGGAGCGAGGUAACAGUUCAGAGUGUGGCGUGUCACUGCAAACAGGACGUAUUGUGCCAGGCGUGUUUCUGUUGGUAGGUUCAGCUCUGGAAGUAGGUUUUUCUUUUUUGUUUUUCAUCUAUUUUUCUUAAUUAAUUACUCUUAACGAAGGGCACUGCAAGCACAAUGGCGCGUGUGUCCUGGGACUGCAAGCGCGGCGCUCCCCCAGCCCGCUCAGCAUUGAUCCUCGUGAGUUCUGAUGGCGUUGAGAAGGGCUGGAUUUUAAGCAGAGGGAACGUUCUGGUUUUGUACUCUGUGACCCAGAGCGCUCAGAUGCGGAGCUGGAAGGAUGAGACGCGCAGUUGUAAUCAUCUGCCUGCAGCUCCGUGAGGGAAGUUCUGUUCUGAAAGACAGUGUGAGGUGCAGGCCUUAAACUCGAUAAGAACUUGUGAAUUUAACCACUUUUCUGGGCAUGAUUUGAAGCUUAGGGGACAAAAUAAUAAUUCCAAAGGCUGUGGGCCUUGCAGCGAUCCCGAUGGGAGCAGGCAGAGGCUUAUGGAUGUUACGGGUUGUAAUUAGCAGUUGCUCUGUUUUCAGUGGGAGAAAGUGCUGCUCCAUCCUGGAGUCAAGGGCCGGGGUAGCCCUGCUCCUGGCAUUCUAUAGCAGGCAUAUAAAUAGAAGCCCUCUAUUUACAUACAGCUGCUGCAGUUGACCUUAGGCAACCCUGCUUUUUUGUUUGUUUAAAUGUAUGUGAGAUGACUACAAGUAAUUAAGAACGGAAUUGGAAGGUUUCAGUGGCCACUGACGGUGGGGAGUCCUCCUUCCCUGCAGACAGCUUGGCGUUCUGUCAGAAUGCAGCCGGGAUUUUAAAUUGAUCUUUUAUAGAUUGAUCUUGUACACCGAGCUAUCAAAUGCAGCUUAAAAAGCCAAACCCGUGCGUGGUUGGCCAAGAAAACGUAGCUGUGCCCAGUCGUGGGCUGGCUCCAAGCUUUGGGCUGAGCGUAGCAGCGGAGCAGAGCUGUUUUCUUUGCUGCAAGGGAGCAGAGUUGCGUUCUUAGCGAGCUUACCCGCCCCGAAAGACAGCGGUGUGCGAGUGAGCACGUGGAUUUGUGCUCGUGCCCUGCGUGUGGGGAGGAAGUGUAGCGCAGGGAGAGCUGUGCGGCCUCGUGGGAAGUCUGCGUGGGGAUGGCUGCUGGGGGAGCUGGGCUCUACCCGAAGAUGGCCUGCUGCUGGAAGCUUCAUGGUGUUGAAUAAGCUCUUGAGCUGGUGCCACGAGCACGCCCUUUGCCAGCAGUGGCCUGGGGUUGGGUUUUCCUGUCUGGGAGAAAAACUUGGUCGUCCUGAAACAUGCGAGCAGAAAGGCUUGCUCUCUGAGAGGGUUGGGAAUGGAGGGAAUGUCCUGCUUGUGCUGUUAGCAGAUGCAUCGUUAUAACAGGAGGGCAGUUGUAGCUGCUGUCUUUGCAGCGCUGCAAAAGCUGUGCUUUGCAUAUUAGCAGUUCCCUUAUUUUCUGAACGAUUUAAGGGGCCCUUCUGAUGUGCUUUACAGGGAGCUAGGUUUUUUUAAUGGAGGGAGACGAGACUUAUGUCACCUAUCAACCAGUGACUGAGGAGGAAGGUGCACCCAGGUGGAGCUGGGCUCCUGCGUACCACUUAAUGCUGGAUGCAGUCACCCUUAUUUCCAUGUGUAGCGUGCAUCUGCUCUUACAGCAUUACGUUAUUCGCUGUUGGUUAUUGCGUAAGGGCCGUGCUGUGAUGACAUGCCGCAGAGAACACAAUCCAAGUGAAGCAGGGCUGCUGCCUGCUUCUGUUGCAAGCUGUCGCUUCGCUGCUGUUCCCUGCACGGCAGUGGCCCUGGGUGAGGAGUGGCUGUGUCCCACUGCCCUUAGCUGCUCCUGGAGAAGGAGGUGAGAGGGAGGCGUGGGGUUUUGUGCUGUUUGAUUGCUGUUAGAAUAGCUUUUCUUAGCUCUAAGUGGAAAAGGGAGAACCUCAACUUUCUGCUGGUAAGCUGCAGUUAUGCUUGGAAAUGUCGGAGGGUGAGCAGAAGACAGAAGCAGGUGAUCCUUGCUUCUUGAGGAUUGAUCAGAGAAACAGAGGGCGUCCCCCACUGCCUUGUGCAGGCUCACAGAGCUACUAACAGAAGAGGUCUUGCACUGGUGCCUCUUACUGAAAAGGGCCAAAGGUAGAGGUGGUUUUGAACUAACCUUUAAUUAUAGAGUAAAUUAUUUUGCAUGGAAGUUGUGUCACACCCUCAAGCUGAUAAAGAGCUGCAGAGCAGGCAGCCUAGCGUCCUGCUGCUCGCCUCUCUGCACUUACCCAAGUCCUCCAGCAUGCUCCAGCAUGAAGCAGUGCAGGCCUGGGUGCUCUUUGCAGAAGAUGGCAUUGGUUCAGGUUUGUUUUAAGUUUGGAGUUUAGUUUGGGGUGUUAGCCCUGACUUUCUGUUGUGUUCGGAGGGAUCUGUAAUGUGGUGAUUGUGAUGUGUCACAGCUAAUUACUGCAUUGGUGCUUCUGCUGCUUAGUGCUUGCCUCGCAGGCUUUCCUUCCAUCUUAGACUUGUUAGUUCUACUUUUGCUUUCAUUUACCUAGAAGAUGAUGGUGAGCAAAGUGGCUGACUUGUCCUUCUGGAUGAGUGAAAGAGUAAUGCAUAAAAAAAGGCAUGAUCUCUGCUUUGUUCUAAUCUUCUGAGGGUUUUCUGAACCAGCACAGUAGCCUGGAAAGCCAGCAGUGAGGAAAGCUGAGGGCCACCACAAGGUGUGAACUUCAGUCCCUGUUACUUUAGCUGCAGCACUUCUUUGUACAGAGGGCUGCAGCAGCAGUGUUGCUGAUGUAUUUUCCCAUGGUAGAAAUGUUUGGGCCUGUUUAGGUUGUCGUUCAUCUUGCAGUGUUCAAUAUUAGGUAGCAAAUGGGUGUAGAAGAGCUGGAGCUGUUGUUCUUUGAUCUGAGUUUCAGAGGCUUAAUGCAGGACUGGGCACACCUCUUGGUUGUUAGCCCGGGAUUAAAGUAGCUAAUAGACUUAAGUGUUUAAACGAGGAUGUCUGGUCUUCUCUCAGUUUGCUUUAUCUCAGAAGCUUUGGGUUUUGUUUUCAUCCUUAAAUUGGAGCUGUUCUGCUCUGUGGGACGUAACAUGGAGCCUGUGAGGCCUUGGGGGGGUCUGGCCUCCCCUGCUGGGGGGCAGCAGGGAGAGCAGCUUGGUACUGGUGUCCUUGGGUCCUUUGUCAAGUAACUUUAGUCAUGCUUUAGAUGUAUUUUUGUGAACUACAAAGUAUUUCUGGCUGGAACUCCCUUCUUCCCCAGGAAGAGUAGCUCAGUGUACUUAGUGUGACGUUCCGUGUUGUUUUUUCUUCUUUGCCAUUACAAUGAUGUCUCAAAGUAACACUGUUUUCUCAAAUACCUGGAAGUAAAAGGUUCAGAGGAAUUCAGGCUUUCAUUAUGUUUUUUGCCUUCAACUUACAUAGAAGAAUAAAGCAUUCUUGUAGUGAGACUACGACCUCUGUUUGUGCUUGUGGCACACAAAGCAGAUGCUUCAGUUUUAUGUGAAUCUUGAUGGAGCAGAAGGUGGCUGUCGCAAUGAGGAAUCUUUCUGGUGAAGAACAGUGGGGCCUGGGGGCCAGCAGAGCUGCUGAGAAUAGCUGACUUUUGUUAAAUAGCUGCUUCUGUGUAGCACCCUAAAAUGCUGUAUGCUUCAAUUGCAGAAAACUGUUUGUGGGUGGCCUGGACUGGAGUACAACACAAGAAACUCUUCGUGGCUACUUCUCCCAGUAUGGAGAGGUUGUAGACUGUGUAAUAAUGAAAGACAAAACAACAAACCAGUCCCGAGGAUUUGGAUUUGUCAAAUUUAAAGAUCCCAACUGUGUGGGAACAGUGCUGGCCAGUAGACCUCAUACGUUAGAUGGCCGAAACAUUGAUCCAAAGCCAUGUACACCUAGGGGGAUGCAACCCGAAAGGACACGGCCGAAGGAAGGAUGGCAGAAAGGAUCCAGGAGCGAUAACAAUAAAUCAAACAAAAUUUUUGUUGGUGGGAUUCCUCAUAACUGUGGCGAGACUGAGCUCAGGGAAUACUUCAAGAAGUUCGGAGUGGUCACUGAAGUUGUAAUGAUCUAUGACGCAGAGAAACAGAGGCCCCGAGGUUUUGGAUUUAUUACUUUCGAGGACGAACAAUCAGUGGACCAGGCUGUCAACAUGCAUUUUCACGACAUCAUGGGCAAAAAAGUGGAGGUGAAACGUGCAGAACCUCGCGAUAGCAAAAGCCAAACUCCAGGGCCACCCGGUGCCAGCCAGUGGGGAAGCAGGAUCAUGCCAAGCGCUGCCAAUGGCUGGGCAGGUCAGCCCCCUCCUACCUGGCAACAAGGUUAUGGCCCUCAAGGGAUGUGGGUGCCAGCUGGGCAGGCAAUUGGUGGAUAUGGACCACCUCCUCCAGGAAGAGGAGCUCCUCCGCCACCUCCUCCGUUUGCCUCAUACAUUGUUUCUACACCUCCCGGAGGAUUCCCACCUCCACAAGGAUUCCCACAGGGCUACGGCACCCCUCCGCCAUUUACUUUUGGUUAUGGUGCUCCUCCUCCUCCACCUGACCAGUUUGCCCCACCUGGAGUACCCCCUCCACCUGCCACUCCAGGGGCAGCACCACUAGCUUUUCCUCCACCACCACCGCCAUCUCAGGCAACUCAGGACAUGAGCAAACCCCCAACUGCUCAGCCAGAAUUCCCUUACAGUCAAUUUGGGCUGGGUACCUAUUCUCAAGACCCUUCAGGCUACGCGCCAAUACUUUGUUUUCACUCUUAUGGUCAGGCUGAGCAGUGAGAGAUCUAGGGUAUGGACAAGACUUGAGUGGUUUUGGACAAGGUUUCUCUGAUCCCAGCCAGCAGCCCCCUCCCUACGGAGGCCCCUCAGUGCAGCCCUCCAGUGGCCCACCUGCAGGAGGAAGUGGUUUUGGACGAGGAC